GUUUGAUGGAACAAUAGAGACUUUAAGAUAAAAGUUCUUACUGGUGUUGGAAGCUAGAUACACCAAAAGUAAUGCCUCCUAUCUACUUCCACACCAACUACAACAGAUACAACAGAUAACACUGUUUGGCGGAGCAGAUUCUCAGCUUGCAAAAUGCUGUUUUUCAACAUAGUCACCACCAUUAGCUGUGCAUUUUCACCAGCAAUGAACAAGAGCCUGCAUGCUGCACUUGUAGAAGUCUGCACCAGCUGUGGGGAUCCGUGGCCACCAUCACUACCUCUGAAAUGCACUGUGCCCACAUCCACUACUUGGUCUCCAGGAAUGCUCAGCAAGUAUUGAUGAAUGUUGCUGGGUUCCAGCUUUUCCACAUGGAGGAAUUUGAUUCCACCCCUUUGCUCCAUAUGCAGCUCCCAUGUCAGAUGCCAUUCUGUCAGGCUGUCCCUCUGCUGCCAUCUGUCAUAUGACAACGGAACAGAACAGAGUGUUGGUGGGAAGGUUCAAUCUACUGCCAUUACACCAACGCCCUCCUCUGACAUCGUGGGCCAACAUCAUAAAAUAGGAGGCAUUACUUUCAGGGCAUCCCUCGUAGAAUAAGAGCGUGAACUCAGCACUCAGCUGUUUCUGUGGGCAGUGCAGAACCGAUGCAGCACACCGAUCUGCUGCAGGAGAGUGGGUAACGUGGGUGGGAGGAAGGGACAGCAUGGCUGAGGGCAUGGGGACAGCACGGUGGAGCUGCUGGGGAAUGGGCCUGUUGGCAGGAACUCAAGGAAAAGCUGCUUUGUUUUGAUGGGAAACAUCAAAUCGACUCCAGAAGAAUGGCAAUUAGGCCAAAGUCAGGAGGGUGGGGUUUUUGUUCUCCCUCAUUUUUGACAUCUGUGCAGUCACUGAGCUGUUCUACCCUUCGGUUCAUCCAUCAGAAUAAGGUAAAGUAUUCUAAGUGUGUCAUGUGGAAAGGGCUGCAGGUUGUUAUUUAUGAAAGUAAUUUUGUGUCAGAGUGGAAAAUGUCACAGCAUGUCCAAAUCAAGUUAAAUCUAGACUGUUGUAUCUAUUCCUUCUAUUCUUGGUUCAGGAAUGAGCGACUGGGAGGGGAGACGGCUCAGCACCAGUGCUGGAUGAGAGAAGGGUCCCAUUAAUCCCGGUUCACUCCAGCACAGCGCCUCAUUUCCCAAAGGCUCAUUCAGAACAACAGCAGCUCAUUUUUUGUACUGCACGAAAGCCACUCUUGCUCCGUGCUCCCUUGUGUACAGCUGACAGCAGCAGACACCCUUCCCACAUCGGCAGCUCUGGUUCCCAUCUCCUAGUCUUCCCCCGGCUGCGGGCAGGCAGCUCUCCUACAUUCGGGUUAACAAAACCUCCAUCCUGGCUGCACCCCGGCACGGAGCACCCCGAGCGUGCGGGUGGCAGGAGCAGGGCUGCCUGCAGGGUGCAGUGCCGGCACAGCCUUCUGCUGCAGCCGGGUUACACGGGUUUGUUCAAAGCAUAGCAAUAAAGACGCCAAAAUACGAUGACUGCGGGCACGGCGGUGCUGCUGCAUUAUAGAAAAUUAAUCUUCACCCCUGUUAAGUGCCCGCGUUGUUAGCUAAGUCGCUGGAGGACAAAGCGAAGCUGCUGCUACAGCGCUCCAGAAAUAAAGAGCUGGCUGGGUUACGCACUGAGCUCUUAAUGUGCGCGUUCCCGUGGGCCGCAGGACAGGUCCCGGCUGUUGAUCUUGCAGUUUGUCCCAUUUAAACGUGAAGCUGAUGGAAGGCGAAAGGAGAGGUUGUGCCGCCGCUCAAAAAGGCGUCCUCUGGAGCCCUGAGCCCGCCGAGCUGUUUCACAUGAGGCAGGGUAUGACUCAUGCUCAUGAAAAGGGCAAAGAAGAUUUUUUUUAAAGAAAUAUAUCGCAGUUAAAUUAGUUUAGACAGCAUGACAUCAGAGAGUAAUUAAAUAGGUUUGUUGGAAUUCCGUUUCCAAUUCCUGAGUUCAGGUUUGUAAAAGAUUUCUGAGCACCUGCAGGUCUCUGUGUGUGAAAUAUUUUCACUGGAAAGGAUUCAAAACGUUAAAAAAACCUUUUAACACAGAGGCAGCAUUACGCCAUUCUUCCUUCUUGGAAAAAAAAACCCUCCGAUUUAAACAGGACUCCUUCAAGUUUUCAGUCAGUUUUACAGAAGAAAACGAGGUGGUAAACUUUCUCUUUUCAAGAACAAGUCCUUUACAGCCGCUAACUGAAGUCAGGGGAGAGCGCGUCUGAGUUCAUGAGCAUUUCCACUAUGGGACUGGAUACGAGCACUGAACAACGAGAUUUGAAAUGUUUUAAUCUCAAUCGAAAACCAUUUUUGCUGACUUUGGUUUUUAAUUUCUUUCAUGUUUUCUUCUGCCAAACUGGAGGAACCUUUCCUGAUUUUUUCUUUAGUGGCAUCCAGAGGAAGACCAGAGGAUGAAAAUCCUGCAUUUUCUCACUUUACUGCUUUGGCAUUUGACUUGGCUGUCUCUGGAUCUAGUUCCUGGAGCACUGAGUAAUUCUGAAGCAGGCCAGAGUAAUCCAGGGUCUAAAACAGAUCUGUUAAAAGCAGAAGGAAAAGAGAGGGCUCCCUCAGCACGGGCAGGCACGCCACGGGCUGCGAACCAUGGAUUUAGCACCGGGACCUCAAAGGCAAGGACUAAAAGCAAUGCUGCUCAGGCUGGAGCUCUGCUGGCCAAGAACGAUGAAUCGCAGAGGGUUCUUUCAAGAACAGCAGCCACGGAGGCAAAGGUAGGACAUCUCCCGAGCAGACCUUCUGGAGUAAGGACGGUGACUCCAAAGGUCCCAAAUCUUAGCAGCAAGGCGGCUUUGAAAAAAACUGGCACGAGUGGUACUGAUACCAGUUCUUUCAAAACAAAAAAGACUAAAGAGCCUGUCACCCAAAGGGAAGCUAAGGAAACUUUCAGACAGCCCCCUAUAACGCCACAUGAAUACAUGCUCUCUUUGUACAGGACUCUCUCAGAUGCAGAAAGAAAAGGUGUUAAUGGAAGUGUAAAACUGGAGGCUGGACUUGCCAAUACAAUAACCAGUUUUAUAGACAAAGGACAAGAUGAGCGAGCGCCAACCAUAAGAACAAAAUAUAUUUUUGACAUCAGUGCAUUAGAAAAAGAUGGCCUGCUGGGAGCAGAGCUUCGAAUAUUGAGGAAAAAGCCCUCUGAUACUUGGAAGUCUCAUUCUUCUGGAAAAACUUCCCAGGUGAAAUUAUUUAGUUGCUCUACCAACAGACAAGCAGCAACACUCCUGGACUCUCGUACUGUCAGUAUCACAGAUACACCAAAAUGGGAAGUGUUUGACAUCUGGAAGCUUUUUAGGAACUUUAAAAACUUGGUUAACUUGUGUUUUGAACUGGAAACUUUUGACAGGGGGAGAGCGGUUGAUCUCAGGACUGUGGGAUUUAACAGAACGGGAAGACAGGUCAAUGAAAAGGCUCUCUUCUUGGUAUUUGGGAGGACCAAAAAAAGGGACUUAUUUUUCAAUGAAAUCAAGGCUAGAUCCGGCCAAGAUGACAAAACCGUGUAUGAGUACUUGUUCAAUCAGAGGCGGAAGAGAAGAGCUCCUCUAGCAACACGGCAAGGGAAAAGGCCCAGUAAGAACCUGAAGGCAAGGUGUAGCAGAAAAGCCCUCCAUGUGAAUUUUAAGGAUAUGGGCUGGGAUGACUGGAUAAUAGCACCUCUAGAAUACGAAGCGUAUCACUGCGAAGGUCUUUGUGAGUUCCCCCUUCGAUCCCACCUAGAGCCCACCAAUCAUGCAGUUAUCCAAACUUUAAUGAACUCAAUGGACCCCGAAUCAACGCCUCCAACUUGCUGUGUUCCAACCAGGCUGAGUCCUAUCAGCAUUCUUUUCAUUGACUCCGCAAACAAUGUGGUCUACAAGCAGUAUGAGGACAUGGUGGUGGAGUCGUGUGGCUGCAGGUAGCAGCACAGUUGCUCAUGUGAAUGUGUUACGAAAGACAAUAUGGCGCACUGAACAUCACCUCUCCUGAAACAAGGUUAACUUAAUUUCUUACCUCUAGGGCACGUUUACAAGGAUGCAGCACCAAAUCCAGCGAUUCUGUGUGUCUCUCCACCAUCUCUCCACCGUGGGUGUAUUUCAGUGGUAUUUGGACGCUGUCAUGCAGCCCAGUAUAAAGCCGUGUGUUGGCAACACAAGACUGGCUCUAACUAAAGUCUGUGAGAGGGAAGAUUUGACCUCCAAGCCUCUAAGUCACCUGCUUUUACUCUAGAGGCAGUGUGUAAAGAUGGUGUUGGUGAGCUGUGACCUGUUUGAUCCUUUGAACGACAUUCUUGAGGCUGAAUCUGAGUCCCAUGUGCAUUGUCUAUUAAGAACUGUAAGGAAAUAGUCCUGACAUCUAGAAGAGAAGGUUGUGUUCUGGCAUGCUCCCAUCUUGGUGUAAAUAGUUGCACUGUAAUAUGAUUUCUUUCUGAUUAGCUCUCGAAACUAUGCAUAUAUAAAAAGAGUAAUUAAAUGUAAUAUGUUGAUUUAGUUUUAAGUUGUACGUGGAGAUGGGUGAUGCAGGAGGUAUUACUUUCCAUGUAUGUUUUCCUGCAAGCUACAUAUCUUUCUUAAGUAUCCACCUUACCAUUAUUGUGUAGCAAGAUAUAUUACUCUGUAUAAGGUCCAAGUUGUUCUCAAAUGCUCCUAGUAAAAGUGUUCAGUUAUGGCAAAAGAUGUAAUAAAUUAUUGACACAGUGCUACAUUGUGCCUAGCUGUCCAACUCUGCAUAAUUAUAAUGCUGUUAAGAAUUUGUUUUAACGUUUUUGUACAAUAAAUACAAGUGAAAGGGACUUUUCAGAGCAGCAGAAUGCUGGAGGUAUGCAUAACAUGUUCAUGUAUUUCACUUGCCUCUAACUGCUGACUGGAAACACUGGAAGAAAGAUCUGAAAGCAGGCCGUGUUUUAAUCGGGUGUGGAACGACGCUAUCACUUGGUGUACCUGGGGCUAGAAUGAAUUAUGCAGCUGAUUGCAAAAGCACUGUUAUCUUUUUAUUCCAGGCUCCAACAGCUGCGUGUUUGCCUAUCUCCUGUAUCUAUUCCAGGCAUGGAUCAUAAAUUUAUUCUGGGAUUUCUUUUUGUAUGAUUCACCUACGUAACCAUACUGACAUUUGAAUGUCGAUGGAUCAGGCAGGAUGUGGGAACCAUCAGAAAUGACUGACAUAGCUUAUCAGUUACAAAUGCAGUGUAAACCAGCAAGCCACACGAGUUCCUGGGUCUGAACUCUGCCUGCUCAGCAUCACUGCCAGGGAUGUUGUCAGGAGGUGAAUAUGGCCCCGAGGUCCUCCUGCACUCAGCCCAGACUGAGCCUGUUCUGACUCACACUGAUGGAAGUGGUCCUAACCACCUGCUUGAUGGCCACAGAGAAGUGGUGGCCAAAUCUCUGUCCUUCUUUGCUCUCUGAGAGAGAGCUCUGAACUGCUGGGCCCUUGCAAGAGCUCACAACACCCAGUGGCUGCAGCCCAGCCACAGGCACGUGGGCUCCCUGGGCAGGCAGACCUGCCGUGUGCCGCAGCCUACAGUGGAGUGAUACUGAAAAACACUGCAGAAAGCUUUCAUACGUGUGAUGUCUUUGCAGUAGCUUAGCACAGUGAUUUCUGCCUGCAGAACUGGAUAUAACUCGGCCCAAUCCAUGCAAUAACACACGGUGAAGUGGGUCAGAAUACUUGUCAGGAUUAGGGUGAGUAAUAACACACACUUAGCACUUGAAGCUACCCCAUCACACACACCUGAGACAUUCUGGUGCUUCGUGGGUGUGAAUUGGGACUCAGGGCUGUGCUCAGGAAUCUUGUCUGCCUCUGGGCUCCAGGUGGGCUCUGCACAGGUCCUGCUCCCCCCAGCUAAGGCCACUGCCAGGACCACAGCAGGUGACCACAGCUCUGCUGCCAACUGCCUGUGGGCUUUCCACACAGCCUUCAACCAAGGAGUUCUGAAUCUUAAGCUUCACUACAAGCUUCCAUCUAGACCGAUUUUGCCUUUGUUACGGUAGGAGAGAAAGCAUUCUGCUGCCAGUCCAGAAUCAAGAGAGUGUUCUGAAUUCCCUUUUGCCCAUUCUGCUCCAGCAUUUCUUUUCUUCCUCCUGGCUGCCUUCCAGGUGGCUGGCACGCAGCACUUCAUGCUCCUUUCCCCCGUGCUGCCCCCAGCUGUGCUCUGCAGAUGUUGGGUGGCCGUGAGGAAGAGCGUUCUUCUUUCCCCAGUGUGCUGCUCCCAUGCAUGUGCCUGUUUGCAGUUCCUAGUGGAGCCUCUGCUCUCACAUGUGCCAGACACAGCCGUGUUGCUCCAGUAACAGCACCAGUGCAUCACUCCCCUGGAUGGAAGGUUCAGAGAAGUGGUAAUUAUAUGUGGAGGUUAAAUCAGCAUGUAAAUAGAAAAGAAUGCCAGGAUUCUGUGAUUAUCUCAAACCAGAGAAAAAUUAAAAGAAACACUGAUGCAUAAAGGUCUAAAAAAGUGCUGGUUGUAAAAGCUCCAGAAUUCUGGUAGGUAGUUGAAACAAAGUUUAAACAAACUUAAAACUAGGGACAGUUCAGUGCUGCAGUUAGCUUGUUACCACACCAAAAUCACCAGAUCCUGGGUUUGGCCUCAACAGGGCUGCUGCCUGUCCCUGUGGUGUGAGUGCAUCCCAGCCCUUCAGUGCUUUAAUGCCGCAGUGCCCGAGCCAUUGAGGUCACCUGGUGCAAACACCUGUCUCUGUAAUUAAUUAUAAGAUAUGGAAUGGUUGUGAUCACAUAAAUCUGCAGUGAUGAA